AUGAGACAGAACAUCCUGCCGACCCUGGCGUUCGCCGCCGGUGCUGUCGUCGCCUCGCACGAGAAGAUCGACAUCGACCAGCUCUACAGCUCCCGCAUGAUGAAGCGUGGUGUUGAUGCGGCCGGCAACUUCAACAUGUCCUUCUUCCACAUCAACGAUGUUCACGCGCACCUCGACGAGUUCUCUUCCUCGGGUACCGAUUGCACGCGCCCCGAGCGCGGUUGCUUCGGCGGUUACGCCCGUGUCAAGCAUGCCAUUGAUGAGCUCCGUCCCCAGUACGAGAACUCGCUGUUCCUAGAUGCCGGCGACGAGUUUCAGGGCACCCUCUUCUACACCUUUUACAAGGGAGAGAAGAUUGCCGAGACGGUCAACCAGCUCGGAUUUGAUGCCAUGACCCUCGGCAACCACGAAUUCGACGGCGGUGAUGAUGAGCUCGGCGAGUUCCUGCUGAACUUGACCUUCCCCGUCCUCUCGGCCAACAUUGUCAGCACUCACCCCGCUCUCAACAAGACCAUUCUGCCGUACAAGAUCUACGAGAAGCACGGCGUGGCCGUCAUUGGCUGCACGACCCAGACCACGGCCAACAUUGCCAACCCUGGACCGGGCACUGAGUUCCUCGACGUCGUCAGCAGCGUUCAGCGUGCCAUCGACGAGAUCCACGCCACCACCGACAUUAAGCGUAUUGUGGCCCUCACCCACAUCGGCUACACUGACGAUCAGGCGCUUGCUGCUGCCACCACUGGUCUGUCCCUGAUCAUGGGCGGUCACUCACACACGCCCCUCGGCACCGCCACUCCUGCUGGUACGGCUCCCCAGGGUGACUACCCCACCAUUGUCAAGAACGCCAACGGUGAUGAUGUCUUCGUUGUUCAGGCCUGGCGCUGGGGCCAGAGGGCCAUGCUCUCGCCUACCACGGCGGUCCCAUCCACCUCACCAACAAGACUGCGGAGGACGCGGCCCUCAAGGCCCAGAUCAAGUCGUGGCGCGGUCCUUUCGAGGAGUUCGCUGCCGACAAUCGGCUUCACCAACGUGGAGCUCGUCCAGAGCACCUGCCAGACGCAAGAGUGCACUCUUGGCAACGUCAUGGCUGACGCCAUGUACGAGUACCGCGCUUCUGAGGGUGCCGACUUUGCCCUGGUCAACGCCGGCGGCAUUCGCGCCGGUAUUGAGGCUGGUGACAUUACUCGUGGCAACGUCCUGAUCUCCUUCCCCUUUGGCAACGCCAUCACUGAGCUCCAGUUCUCUGGUGCUGACGUCCGCCGCAUCCUCGAGGGCUGCGUCAGCCGCGUCAGCCAGUUCAACGGCCGCCCCGUCACGUCGGGCUUCCAGGUCUCCGGCAGCAUCAAGAUCCAGUACAACCCCGCGCUCGCUGUCGGCUCGCGCCUCGUCAGCGUCUUGAUCAACGGCGAGGAGAUUGAUGACGAUGCCGAGUACACCAUUGUCACGCUCGACUUCCUUGCCGGCGGCGGUGACAACAUUUUCGAGCUGACCACCAACUUCAUCCCGCUUGACCUGCAGGACGAGGUCCUCACCCGCUACGUCCGCGACAACAACCCCAUCAACGCGCAGAUUGAGGGCCGCAUCGAAGUUGUCGACACGGUGCCUACUGUGCCCACCACUACGGCCGUGCCCACGUCAACGAGGCCGCCCUGCAUUCCCCGCCCCAAGACGACGACUCCUCCUUGA